AUGUGCAAUUUUCGCGAUGCGCCCCCAAACACUGAUGUUCUUCGAACGUUUCCAGGGUGUUCUAUUGAGGGCGUGAUCGACAACGUGUGCGGCCAAGAAGUGUGCACUCCCGGAGAUGAAGGGUACACGUGUGGUGAGAUAACACAGGCCCGCAAAGCAACCCUCGGCCACACUUUCGCCUACGCCUGCACCUACACUGGGCACGACCGCGCCGGAAUCUGCCCCACAACCUACGCAGCCACCCGUCUCGAGCUCACAAGAGACUUGAUGCCGCACUACCAGUGGGACGGCCACACUUGGGCCUGCGGCUACACCUGCACUGGACACGGCCGCGCCGGGAUCUACCCCACAACCUACGCAGCCACCCGCCUCGAGCUCAGAAGGGGGGUAAAGUGCUCGGCGCUGCUGUCCCCCGUUGCCUGUCGGAGUCCCGCCUACAUCAACACUCAUCGCUGCUAUUCCGCUGCUCGUCUGGACAAUGAAGGCGCAUCGAUGGUGGACGUUGUAGUCGGCGUUGCGGCCGGCGCGCUGGCGUCAGGAGCACUGGGGUUCCUCCUUUAUCGCCGACGGACCGCGAAGAGCACGGACCCCGAGCCGCCGGCCCCUCCUCCCAACGGUGGAGACAGGCUGGAGCACGGCGGUGGUGAACAGCACCAGCAAAGGCAGCAGGACCUCCACGCCUGUUCGCCGAUCAUCGCCGGCUCUGCCGGGGGCAACGUUACUCGCGGCCCGCCACCUGCUGACCAGAAAGUCUCCCCGCUGCCACCCCCACCGUAUGCGGAUGAACCGCCUCCUACCCAGCAAGACCCCCCGCUGCCAUCCUCACCGUAUAAGCAUGAUGAUGCACACCGACGCGAUACUUUGCCACCCGCCGCCAGUCAGCAGCACGCGGCAGUCGCUGCUGAGACGAAAUUCGGCGAAGAUGGCACGCCUAUCCAAUCUUUGUUCCCAGCGCCGCCCGUGGGCGCCCUGCCGAGGCCCAGCUCCGAGGGAACUCCCAAGUGCACACGCGACAACAACGAAAGCGGUGGUGUCACUAGGACGGCGGAUGCGGGCCGGGGCGGCGGCGAUGCAGUGGAAGACGGCAACGGCUGCGUGGCGGCAGUCGAGCAAGCCUUGCUGCCGUUGACAACUACGAACUCCACAAAGAACGUGUCGACGGAAGGAUGGACGGCCGAGCUUGCCGGGUUCGGGGGUUCGGCGGAGGAAGGGGCCGACGGCGCUCCUUCGGCGAUUGCGACUGCGGCUGCUCCUGCUCCUGCUCCUGCGGCUGCUCCUGCUCCUGCUCCUGCGCCUGCCCCUGAUGGCCGCCGACGGGCGUCAAACGGCUUCGGGUACGGUGAGGCAAUACUGGUGGCGGCCGAGGAUCUGGCCCAUCAUUGCCAGAUCCCCGGCAUCAGCGAGGCGGCGACGGCGGUGUCGAUUCUGAUACACUUGGUCUUGGACAAUCGGGACUUGACGAGCAGCGCCGGGGUUAAGCGGUGCCGGUCGAUCGUGAUGAUGCUUGAGCGGGCGGCGAAGGUGCUUGGCAAGGGUGGCGACACGAGCACGGAGGAGGAGCGCGUUUUAAUGGAAGAAGUGCACGACGCUGUCUCCGAUCUCGUGGAGCUGAUCAAAACUUUCCAGAACAAGAGCAAGCUCGGCAAGAUGUUGACAUCGACCCUGUUCAAGCGGCGCCAGGACGAGCUGAACGCGGUUAUCGACAGGGCCGUCUGGGGCCUACAUGUGCAGGUGGGGCACGACGUUGGGCAGAUUCAACACGACGUUGCCCACCUUGUGAAGGGGGCCUCUCGAGGACACUCCGUUUCUACCUUCUUCACCGACUCGGCUCAUCUUUUGAUCGAAUCGCUCCUGUGGUCGGGAGGGUUCAGUGAAGCAGCUCAGGACGUGUUUUUUUGGCCAUGUGCCUCUUGGUGUUUUUCGUUCGUCUCUAUAUACCAGAGGUCAACGGCGGACGCUCAGGCUCAGGUAGAAUCUCUGGCGCAAGCCCGCAGGUCGAGGCGGCAGCACAAGCUCGACCAGAUCGAAAUCCCCGAGGACCACGUGUCGAUCACGAACGAGGUGCUGGGAAAGGGGGGCUUUGGCGUGGUGUACCUAGCCGACUACAACGGCCACAACGCGGCGGCCAAGGUACAGCACAUCACCCACGGCCUGGGCAAGCCGGGAGAGAACGGCAUAUCACUGAGUGGGCCACGGACAAUAGAGUUUAACGCGCUGCGGGACAAGGCGGAGCGCAAGGCAUUCCUGCGCGAACUGGACACCAUGAUUCGCCUGAGAAAUCCGCAUACCGUCAACGUCUACGGGGCGAUCACCUCGCUGCCGGACCGCCUGGUUCUGGUCAUGGAGCUGCUGGCGGGUGGAUAA